AAUUAAGUUACUUAAUUGUUCCUACUUCCUAUCUAUCUCUUCCGACGCCAAACCGGUGAACAGAAAACCUCCAUAAACCCUCUUUCUGUCUUUCACAUCUGCUUCCAUGGCGGUAGCCGCCGUAACAACAGCACUCUCCACCUUCCACAUCUCGAAACCCUACUCUAUUGCCUGCAACCACCUUCGCUAUCAUACAUUGUUUACAUACUCUCUCUCCUCUCGCUCCUCCGAAUUCAUCACCACCUCCGUGUCAUCAUUAACUGAUAAAAAACUCGUUGGUCAAUGGAGAGGAGAUCCUUGUUCGGUACGAAUCCUCCAUGUCAUGGCGGACGCAUCCGCCGUUAAUUCACCGGCGGAGAAGAAAUUGAGGUCUAGCAGAGGAUUGAGGUCGACCAGAGAAUUGACGUCGGAGCCGAGGUAUUCCAAAGCUGCGAGGAGGUUUUACAACGAGAAUUUCAAGGAGACCUCAUCGCAGAGGCUCAGUAAAGUCCUCGCUGCUGCCGGAGUUGCAUCUAGAAGGAGCUGUGAGGAGCUAAUCUUCGAGGGUCGUGUGACUGUUAAUGGCUCUGUAUGCAAUACUCCCCAGACUAGAGUUGAUCCUAAGAAGGAUAUGAUAUAUGUAAAUGGUAAUCGCCUUCCUAAGAAACUGCCUCCAAAGGUCUAUCUUGCUCUCAACAAGCCAAAAGGAUACAUUUGUUCAUCAGGAGAAACCCAAACUAAAUCGGUCAUAUCUUUGUUUAGCGAUUAUAUGAAGAGUUGGGAUAAAAGAAAUCCAGGGCAACCGAAACCCCGAUUGUUUACUGUAGGAAGGCUUGAUGUUGCCACAACUGGUUUGAUUAUUGUGACAAAUGAUGGGGAGUUUGCACAGAAAAUUUCUCAUCCUUCAUCUGGUUUAUCCAAAGAGUACAUUGCAACAAUAGAUGGAGCAGUGAACAAACGACAUUUGUUAGCAAUUAGUGAGGGAACAAUGGUUGAUGGUGUCAAAUGUAUCCCAGAUGCUGUGGAAUUGCUACCACAACAGCCUGAUAAAUCAAGACCCCGCAUUCGUAUCGUGGUUCAUGAGGGGAGAAAUCAUGAAGUUCGAGAACUUGUGAAAAGUGCUGGACUUCAGAUUUAUUCACUGAAGCGGAUGCGAAUUGGUGCUUUCAGGCUUCCCCCAGAUCUUUUGUUUGGAAAACACAUGGAACUAAAACCAGCUCAUUUAAAGGCAUUGGGGUGGGAGGACAAGUAAUGAAUUGCCACCACCUUGAUGGAUUCCUGAUUGGGAAAUAGUGAGCGGAUAGUAUGAUUGUGGUGGGUCAAGAUUGUGUUGUUUUAGAUGGCAUGCCUUAGCAAAGAAAGUAGAGUAAUAGGUUAUAAUUUGUAAAUUAUAUAUAUCUCAUAUUCAAGUUUUGAAAUUUUGAAUGAUGGUUUAUUUAAAUAUUUUUGAAAUUUCUGUA